CGCAUUGCAGAAGCUACCCUCUGCCUCAGAUCCAUGCACAAUGCCACUACGUACACAGUCUUCAUGUGCCGGCUCGUGUUAGUCGAUCGCCGCAAGUUGGAGCACGAACCCCAGUCCAGUCCGGAGCGCUCACGCCGUACUCUCGACCGAUCUGGUGCCUGUUCCCCCGGUGUUCGGCACUAUGAUGAUGUCGAGGUGCCUCCUUUCGCCUCAUCAGCAGCUGCUACAAUCGCCCAGUACUACGAUGAAGGUGUUUUCUCUGGAGACGAGUCAGAAGCUCCAAGACCGGGGUUGUGGAAGCAGCGCUUAUCCCCACCAACCGGUCAUUUUGCGUUUGUAAAAUCUAGUCCUCCCUCAGUUUGCACUAAACAUUAG